AUUGGAAAAUUAUUUUUUGGCAACGAUCGCACAACAGAAGAAUUUUCGAAGGAUCAUGAUGAACUGAUUGGAGGGAAUGACAAUGAGGAUGCAAAACAUGAAGUUGACCCAGCAGGCAUUAACAAUGAAAAUGAGACAAAUGGCACAAGUCAUAGUACGACUCAAGACAUGGAUGUUUCCACUGACACCCCACUACCAAAAAAACAAAGAAGAGAGAGGCUUUGA